AUGAUAAACCUCACACCAAGUUCUUCCUCUUGUUCCAUGUCUUCAUUUUUAAUCACAAAACGACAAUCACCACCAUCACCAACAACCGACACCAAGAUACCUUUCAAAAAACGAUACAUGGACAAUGCCAUGACAGACAUCCUUUCAGAGACUACUUCCACCGAUCGAAAAGAUGAAGACGACGGCGAAGACGAGAUAAUGGAGAUCACAUCUCCAAGCAAAGACAAGGGGAAGGGAAAGAUGAAGAUGGUCUACCUACCUGAACUUCCAGAAGAAGUCUGGAUGAGGAUCUUCGAGAUCUUCUACGAGGAUAUCUCCACCGAGUGGCAAACUACCAGCAUAUUUCGUGACGGUCUCACUCCUGUCCUGCUUUCCCGAUACCAUGCUCGGAUUGCCAUCCCUGUCUUGUAUCGGCACCCAUACAUUGGAUACAGGGCGAUUCAGCCUUUCAUUGCCGCAAUGACAAAUUCUGCAAGAUAUACCGAAUUUAAUCAUGCGGAGUACAUAAAGCAUAUCACAAUCAGGCCGUCACCAAUCAUACCCUCUGUCGAGUUUCGCUCAUACCUUUCCAACACCGACAAAAGGGGUAUAUUUCCGGAAGCAAAUAAUAAUAAUACAGCUAUCCUCACCAUACAUCCUUCUUUCGAGAUUCUCAUGAGACACCUCUCGGAUCUAUUGACUUUCACUCUCAAGGAUACUCUGGUCUUACACCAAGCAGAUUCCGCUCUUCUUUUCGCUGGGUUGAAAGUCAUCAGCCCGAAAAAGGCUAGACUCGAAUUCCGAAUGUGGGAUUUAUACACCUCGUCUUAUGGUCAAGAUAUUAUUGGAGCUACCACCCGGGGAACAUAUACUCCUCAUGGAGGUAGACCUUCCGCUCUUCCCUUUCCUGAUCCUUUGUCUCCUCGACCCCGUCUGUACAACACGGGAGAUGCAGGUCUUCAAGAAGAGUGGAGAGAUGCCCUUUUCAAUUCAACAGAACUGGAUGCGGCUUCCUCUUGGCCCGAAAAUCCUAGAUACGAUAAUGAUCACGAUUUUGUUCCACAUGGCAAUCAUAUAUUACCAAACUUCCAAGCUCAAAAUGCCGCAGCGGGACAAAACUUCCCGCUCAACCCUCACUUGCAAUCACAAUCUCUCCCACUGUAUGUUCCAACGAACCAAGUAGUGAAUCCUUAUCUUCGACUGCAGCCUAUUAAUCACCCUGCGGUUCAAUCUCAACAAACAGUUGGGUCUUCUGAUCCCAGUUCUUUACUCCAACACCAUGUCGCACUGUCGUCGGCCGUCAGUGCUCCGAAGUCUUUUGUCAAUCCAAAUGCGGAUCUGCGGAGAUCUACAUUCCAUUCCGGAGUGAUCAAUGACAGACAGCAGAGGGCGGCUCAUCGCAACACUCUAUUCCACGCAGCACCUCGUGCAUCCACAUCUACAAGCACGCAGUUUGACACCGCUGGCGAUAGGUCAUCACAAAAUAGCUUUUCCCGACAUAAUCAAGUCGGGUCGAAGGUACACCAUGAUCCUUUUAUCGACGGCUGGGCAAACUCCAUACAGCUUUCGUCAUCGGACGAUGAGGAUGACAUAGGAAACAACGAUCAAGAGGAGGAAGCUACAGGCGAAGCUGCUGCACUCAUCGAGCUCGGUGGAUCUGCAAUAAGACGACCCAGAUCUGCACUCCCCGGCAGGCUUCUACCUCCUCAAUCUUCCAUGUCAACCUCAAUGCCGACAAGACGAGACGAUGUCAAUCAAUUAUCUUUGGCCGGUUCCAGGAACAGCUACGAUCCUGAAUCAUCAUCCGUCCCUGCUCCUAGACGUAGCCGGAACGCAUUGGGCGUCACUCACAAGGUCAGGCAGCAUCGAAACCAAGAUGCGAACGAUUUUGCGAUGAGACCUGUUCAGCUGACCUUAGCGCCACGUAUGACAUCGCAAGGUCUGGCACGUCAGAUCCGUUUGCGCUUACUUGACCUGAUUGCGAAUAGCUGGUCUCCUCGUCUACAAGCUUUCUCCUUCGUGGCUUUUGACCCACAAGCAAGUAUGAUCGUCCGAUCACCUGAGCUAGACUUCUGGACACAAAUCGCUGUACCUCAUAUACGAGUUCAUCUACCUCGAACGAUCAAUUCAUUAGAAAUCUUCAAGGGAGAGAAGGAGGUUAUGUGGGAUAGAAUCAGGCGCAGACGAGAUUUAGAACGAACAGUACUUAGCUUCAGAGAAUCACCGGGUCAGAACCCAACUAAUGCUCAACCAGCUGUAAAUCAGCAACAAAAUCUACAAGAAAACAUCGAAGAUCACAGAAUUGUGGGCGGUGAUGGAAGUGGAGGAGACCUGAUCAAUGAUCAAGUCAGACUAUUCGAGAUUGAAAUCAACUCAAUGCAGGAGAUGAGAGAUGAAGUAUGGAUCAACAAUGGCGAUCAACUGCCUCCUCAAUUAUGUAGGAUCUUGGCAGGUGAACACGACUGGACAGAUGUACAUUUUAUGGAACACUCAAUCGAUUCUUAUUCAGUACCAUACGUUUCAUAUCUCCGACCUGAUUCUCCAGCUACAACAGAUUUCGAUUCCCCCACUUUUAGCUUCAUGACCUUUGGAAGUGACGAGAUUACUGAACUGGAUGAAGAUGAGUUUGGUUUGGCAGCAAAUGAUACGUAUGAUAGAGAGAAAGCUGAAGAGCAGGCUAGGAUGAUCAAGGAUAGGGAGGUAUACAUGAAGAAAUAA